CGCCGCGGGGCCCGGCCCCCCCCGGGCUGCCCUCGGAGGCCGGGCCGCGCGGGCGUUUGGCGCCCAGGCCCCUACUCUGCGCAGCGCCCUCUUUGUGUACAGGCCCGCGGCAGCCCCCCGCUUUCUUCCCCGCGGCUGCGCACGUGCGUCCCGAGCGCGGCGGCUGUGCCCAGAGACCCGCCUGACCCCGAGCGCCCUUAGGCCUGGUCCGGGCUCCAGCCACUGCAGCACGCUCGCCUCUGGUCUCGCGCUCUGCCCUCAGGCACCUGUCCCCCGGUGAUCCACGCAAGGCCCAGUCUCUAGGUGAAGUGGCCUCCCUUAGAGCGACCCGGAAAGUGUGGUCGUAUUUCAAGGUGGACUUUCAAAGGCGGUGCUGCCGUGCGUCCGCGGGCCCCGCCGGUGGCCGUGCGCUCCAAGACGUUAAGGGAAGGGCAGGCCUUCCCUAGUGCAGAGGCACAGGGCUUGGCUGACUGUCCAUUUUUGCAGAAACCUUCCUCCUGUGUGGGAUCGCUGUCUGGAGAAGGGCUCCCGCGCUGCUCCGGGAAGAAGCAGACCCAGGACGGGAACACGUGGCUGAAAGGGCCAUCUCCAGAAAAGAGGAAGAGCUGCAGGUGCCGUCGGUGAUCCCCUCCAGCUCCAACGUUCCUGCGAGGAGAAUGACAGCAAACACCAUCUACCGCCAAGACGUCUUGAGUGUCUGGGGUUUUCUGCUGAGCUUUGGUUGCCGCCGCAUCGAGGAAACUUUGCCAGACGCGUCACCCCCUCCGGCCUCCCCACAAGGGUGGGGCUUCCGGGGCAGCUCCCAGAGGCUAGAAGGCCAGUUCGGGAGUUUCCUCGGCGCCUCGAGGCACCCCCUGGGCAGCUGUCGUACAACAAGAAUUCAGCCGUCUUUGUCUCCGGUUCCGGCUCAACCCCUCAGACCACACCUGAGUUUAUGCUAAUGAGGCGCUGGAAACUCAGAUGGGCGUCUGGAUCACGUGGCUGUGCUGAUGGGCGGAGGGCGCGCCCAAGGGCCCUCCCGGACCUCACCUGUAGUCAUCGGGACCUGCUUUCCUGAGUUCCGUGAGCCAUUCUGGCGAACCAUGGAACUGGAGGGGGUGCCGGAAACCCCCAAAUUUGUAGCCAGUUGGUCAGAAGCACGAGGGGCCUGGAACCCCCAAAGUGCAGCUGGUGUCCGGAGUGAGGACGGUCUUGUGGGGGGCCGUGUCCUCAACCUGCAGGGUCUGCGCUGAGCCCGGAGUUGGUGUCAGAGUCGUACCGCUCACCCCAGCGCACUCGCCUUGGGCCCAGGCGCCCGGUCCAGAUCUGUCCUGCGACCACCCCCAGGUCUCAACAUGGCACCCCGGGGGCCUGGGGGCCACGCCCUAAGAGGAGGCAGUACCUCCAGCCUCACCGCGAGCGCGGGGAUGGGCCAGCUGCCCUAACGUCUCCCCCCGUCGCCGCUUCGUGUACGUUUGGGAACGGACCAGUUGUAGUAGAUUUUGUUAUCGAAUAACACACGUCGUUGAAAGCUCAAAUAUGGAAGCAAACAAAAAUACAGACGCCGAUAAAUGAAAAUACCCCCAGUGUCCCCAUGGGCUGUCGCCGUGCCCUGGAAGAGGUGCCCUUUUCAGGGGAGAAGGAGGAAGCCGGCCCGGUUCCCGCAGGGAAGGCGGGGAUGCUGCACCCGCCCCCAACCCUCCCCCUGCCCCCUCCUGCUCUGUGCCCUGAGGGGCCAUCGCACUGGCUGCCCCCAGGAUCCUCCUCUGGCUCCCGGGUGGGCUGGCCGAUGUGGGCACCUUCAGAAGGCAGAGGGUCGGCAGAAAGCGAGGGGUCAUGCCUGGGUCACCGUGGGUGCAGGGUCCUCGCCCGCUGUCACAGCCCCAGGCAACCGCCUGCCUCCCGGUUCUGGGACCGCCCCUCCCCUGCCCUCCCUCUGGGGGCUCUCAGCUCUCGAUAACCAACCCCAUGUGAGGAACCAGCGGUGCCUCAUCCCUCGGCCCCAGCUCGCAGCCAGUGCCCGCAGGAAGUGUCCUCAGAUGACUGGGACUGUGUCCCGCUGGGAACAGGGAAGGGGCCCAGAAAGCAGCCUACGCCCCGCGGGAGCAGCCGCCGUCCGCCCAGCGCUGAGGCUCAUGGCGGGGAAGCCCGGGUGGUUCUGGUCCGACCAGGCUGGGGUGAGAGCGGGCAGGCCCGCAAAGGUCACUGAGGACAGAGGGCAGAGGGCAGGUACCCUAGGCUGGCAGACCUCUGUGCAGCGGGGACGGGGAGGCCCCGCCUCCAUCGUGGGCCUGGGGUCUCCCCAGUGUCAGACGUGGGAGACCCACCUCAUGGGCCGACAGCAGCAAACGCUGGAGAGGCCGGGAUACCUGCACCCCGGUGUCUCAGGUUGUCACAGGACCAGGAGAUGGCGAAGGUGUUACCAGGGCAACACGGGCCCUCCAGCCUCUCUCAGAUGCUCCAGGGGGAGUUUCUCAACGUCUGGUCCAGUCCCACCUGCCUCUCAGUCACUGAGCGUUUGUUAAGGUGCGGAUCGUUGGUGCUGAGCCCCAGGAAACCCCCUGCUCCACACGACUUAGCUCCCACCCUGGGCCCAGGAGUCACCGGCACCCUUGGGUGAUUCCUACGGGGUCAAGUUUGAGCAGCUCAGCCCUAGAGGCAGCAGCAUCAGAGCAUCUCGAGGGCUGCAUGGUCUGACCUCAGACGGACACUGUGCACAGCCAGGGACCCAGACUUCUAUGCUCACCAGGUCCUGCCCAUGCAGCCUUUUAUUGGUUUGCCAUCAUCACCCCUGCUGACAACGAGUGAUCUCCCUGGGAGGAUCCCAAGAACUGUGGUGGCUGCCAGGCGCUUUGGCACAGAAUUCCUCUCUGAGUCGGAGCCCGAGGCCAUUAGCGCGGGGGAACAGCUGCGAGGGCCACACCUCCUCGAGUCAUUUGAAAAUUUUAUGACGAAUAAAAACGAUCCAUGACACAGACUUAUGCAUUAUAUAUUAACCUAAUACCUCUACAAUUACACCACCAACAGUCUUUUGUGGCACACAUAUUUUCCUAAGGACGCUCCAACUCCAACAGUAAAACGUUGACUAGCCAGUGACACUACAUAAAAUUUCCUCCUUCUGUGUUGUCAAAUCCUUAAUAACAAUGACAAGUCUAACAUUCAGGGAAAGGAGGAGAGCGAGGUGGAAACCCCAGGAAUGCUAAAAGUGUGGAAAAGAGAAUUAUGCGUUUUAGAUUAAAUAACCAAAAGACUGAGCAGAAAUACAGGGUCAAAAGAUGCUGAAAAAUAGGGCUUCCCUGGUGGCGCAGUGGUUGGGAGUCCGCCUGCCGAUGCAGGGGAUACGGGUUCGUGCCCCGCUCCGGGAAGAUCCCACAUGCCGUGGAGCGGCUGUGCCCGUGAGCCAUGGCCGCUGAGCCAGCGCGUCUGGAGCCUGUGCUCCGCAACGGAAGAGGCCACAGCAGUUAGAGGCCCGCGUACCGCAAAAAAAAUAAAAAUAAAAAAAUAAACCUUAAAUAUGGUUGAAGCACCACAAGCUCUUUAAGCUGCGCCCUGCGUGCAAGUGACCUUCGUUUGCAGCAGUACACCUGGCGAUGCCAUCACGAUGCUUUAAAGGACCCGGUGGCACAGUGAGAACGGGGAAGGUGGGAACUGAAAGCCGUGAGCCAGAGAAGGACCUGCUUAACUAUUACAUUUCAAAUGGAUAAACAACAAGGUCCUGCUGUAGAGCACAGGGAACUAUAUCCAAUCUCCUGGGAUAAACCAUCAUGGAAAAGAAUAUUUUUAAAACAUGUAUAUAUAUGUAUAACUGAAUCACUUUGCUGUACAGCAGAAAUUAACACAACAUUAUAAAUCAAUUAUACGUCAAUAAAAUAAAUUUAAAAAAAAAAGAAAGAAAAGGAUCUGCUUGGAGGACCACGAGGCCCAGGCUGGAGCUCGUCCCGCCCACAAACCUCGCUGUGCAGUGUGCACGUGUUAACUCUAUCCAGAUCUAUCUCCUUCCCUUCCCGGUCGCCAUCUCAGGGAGAAGGCGGACACGUGCAAGCCAGGAGGAGGGCUCUCACCAGACGUUGAAUCAGCCGGCACCAGAUCUCUUGAUCUUGGACGUCCAGCCUCCAGAACUGUGAGACAGUAAAUGGGUGUGGUUUAGCCACUGAACCUGCUGCAUUUUGCCGUGGCAGGCGGAGCCCUGGCUGCCUGGUUCAGCGCCAGCACUUACCACAUUAGCAAUGCCAAAGGACUUACAGCUUCCUGAAAACACAACGCUCUUCCAGCAUCCAGGCCCGUGCAUCAUACCCCCCAUCCCCCGUGCCUCGGAGACCAACCUUCAGGGCUCCCUCCACCAGCUACAACUGCACCGGUUUUACAAAUUUACAGCAGAAUGACUAACAGCAGCAUCAGGAAAGUGGUUCUUGACGUCUGGAGAAGUCUGGCAGGGGCUGGUACUUCGCACAUUUAUGAAAGAGGAGAUGGAGAGGGAAGAAAACACAUCAAUCCUGUCAACAUAGUGCAACCCGUAAGUAUAAUUACAGGUAAUGUAAAUUAGGCAAGGGGGGGCUUUAAAAAGAAGAGAGCAAACAGGAAGGAGCGGGGUUUGUCAGUGAUGCGUUUCAAGAGCCACAGAUCCUAAGACAGGAGACCUGCUUUACAGUUUCGCCAUGAUCCACCUAGAGCACACUGCAUUUUAUGAGGUUCAAAGCGCAAGAAAACGCUAAAAUAAUAGGAAUAAA